AUGCUUAGAAUCCCGAACGCGUCUCCUUCGGGACUCGUUACGAACUUUGAAACAAAAUGUAGUGAAUAUUUUCACCCUAGAGUCCUGGUGUAUGUUCUAAGAAACAAGGCCGCAUAUUUGGCCAGAAAUAGUGCCAUUCUGAACACAUCUUUUAAAUCUCCUGUUUUAACCCGUGGAGAUGGAUUCCCAGGAACCAAUUUUCAAAUUUGCAGUGCAGAAAACCCCAAGGCAAACGAAGAUUUGAAUAAAUAUCGCAGUCCGGAGCCAUUUCAAAAAUUGGAGGAUGAUCUAACGCAGUUGUCAUGGUCACUAAUAAGUUGUAUUGACUAUGUGCAGCCUCAGUCAGUUGCAACCAUAAUGUUAUCCCUCACCAAGCUUAAUUACUUCAACGAACAGCUGUUCUCAAAAAUGCUGGAUUCCUUCACGUUUGAAUCAGCAAAGCCGAAAUCAGUGUCCUUGAUUCUGUACUCGUUGUCGAAGUGCGCAAGGGCGUCGGAGCUGAUACACACGAGUUUCUUCGGAAAGAUAGAAGGCUUUCUAGAAAUGUCGCUUUUUCAUAGCUCAACUCACGAUCUUACCACGUACCUAAUAUCUACGGCAAAGCUCAGAGACAAUUUGAUGAGGGCCCUUGAACAUGAUGGCACGCUCGACACUCUAUGCAACGUGUACAACUUAAUAUUGAAUCACACAGUUUCAUUGAUUGGCAGUGAAGCAAAGGCUUUAGAGAAAGAAGAGUCCAAUCCAGGAGAGAAUAAGCCGACACCUUGUAGUUUCAAUGUCUUUGAGCUGUCUAACAUAUUGGAGUCGUUUUAUAUAAUGAAGCAUUACAGUCACCCUGAUCAUGAACUGGUACUGGACCAACUUCAGUUGAAGCUGCCAUAUUCAGUCAACUGUAAGUUACAUCGUGUUUUAGAUGGCAAUCACAUGUAUCUACGCAGCGUGAACCUGUCCAAAAUAGUACUAAUGAAACCAUUAGAUAUAAGUGACAUACUAUACGUCAUGGAGCUGCUUAAUAUCAAUCCGAAGAACCCAGCCAUUAGGAAACUGGACAGAACAAACCUAAUUAGAUCAAACAAGAAGUUCUGUGAAGCGAUUUUAGUGGAUUUGACCGAUAAGCUGGGACUGCUCAACAUAUAUGAGCUGUCGCGACUCACUAAAGUUGUAAACAGGCUACGACUUUGGACAGAGGACGAGUUUCUGAAAUCAUAUACGAAUUCAUUCAUGGCUAUAUUUAAGAGUUACAAAGGAGGUAUAGGAUCAUUAAUAGGUUAUCUAGUUAAUUGUUUAUUUGGUAAAGCUAUACGAUAUAGAUAUACUGUUACUGCUAAUGCUUCCAGCAUACUGGGACAAGUAGUUAUUAGAAACUGUAGACUGAUUGAUAUGGAGGUACUCCUACCAAUAAUAGUGUACUAUAACAGGAGAUACGAGUCCUCAAUAAACAGAGAGUAUUAUCAGUCGCAUAUCAAUAAGAGGAGGAAGACUGAGUUUAUGCGCAACCUGAACGAAAUUAGUGACCUUUGCGGACAGAUGUGCGAUACGUUGCACGACUACGUGAGCGACAAGCACCCCUCAAAUAAAAUAGAAGACCUGCUGAACUUCACGAGCAAACUACGAACAAAUCGCAGCCUACACAGAAUGAAAUACAACUAUAAAUUCAGCAGUCAGUAA